GAGGAAACCCAUGUUAUUGUUAUGUUAACCGACGCGGGCGGAGCGAGAGGCAGGAAAAUUUUCGCACUGGAAAAGUUUGAUUUAUUAGUUAUUGAGGAAUAAAUAAAGUGCAGUGCUCCACAGUGCAACGCUGAACUGUAAAAUUGUACAUACCUAAAUACAUAAGUAAAUGUUCUCAUAAGAGAAAUCGUGAAUCGGAAAAUCGCCUACUCUUAGUCGCCCAUCCUCCAUUCCACCCCAAAAUAAUCCGACGAGCAGCAGUGCAGGAGGAGCAACAUCAGCACAAACAUCAGCCAAUCAUCAGGAAUCACCAUCAGAGCCAUCACAAUGGGCUGCACUACCUCCGCCGAAGAGCGCGCUGCCAUACAACGGUCCAAACAGAUCGAGAAGAACCUCAAGGAGGAUGGCAUCCAGGCGGCCAAGGACAUCAAGCUGCUGCUGCUGGGCGCCGGCGAGUCGGGAAAGAGCACAAUAGUCAAACAGAUGAAAAUCAUUCACGAGAGCGGCUUCACUGCGGAGGACUUUAAACAAUAUCGACCGGUUGUCUACAGCAACACAAUACAAUCAUUAGUUGCCAUACUGCGAGCGAUGCCAACCCUAAGUAUUCAGUAUAGCAAUAAUGAGCGGGAGAGCGAUGCUAAAAUGGUGUUCGACGUAUGCCAGCGGAUGCACGACACCGAACCCUUCUCAGAGGAGCUGCUGGCAGCCAUGAAGCGUCUCUGGCAGGACACAGGCGUCCAGGAGUGCUUCUCGCGCAGCAACGAAUACCAAUUGAAUGAUUCCGCUAAAUAUUUCCUGGACGAUUUGGAUCGGUUAGGCGCCAAGGACUACCAGCCAACUGAACAGGAUAUCUUGCGUACUCGCGUCAAGACCACUGGCAUCGUUGAGGUUCACUUCUCCUUCAAAAAUCUCAACUUUAAAUUGUUUGAUGUGGGCGGCCAGCGCUCUGAGCGUAAGAAGUGGAUACAUUGCUUCGAGGAUGUUACGGCGAUCAUCUUCUGCGUGGCCAUGUCCGAGUACGAUCAGGUGUUGCAUGAGGACGAAACUACGAACCGCAUGCAAGAGUCGCUGAAGCUGUUCGAUUCGAUCUGCAACAACAAAUGGUUUACGGACACCUCGAUCAUAUUGUUCCUGAACAAGAAGGAUUUGUUCGAGGAGAAGAUACGCAAGAGUCCACUGACAAUUUGCUUCCCCGAGUACACAGGUGGACAGGAGUAUGGUGAGGCGGCUGCAUACAUCCAGGCUCAGUUCGAAGCGAAAAACAAAUCAACCUCAAAAGAAAUCUACUGCCACAUGACGUGUGCCACAGAUACCAACAACAUUCAGUUUGUGUUCGAUGCCGUCACCGAUGUCAUCAUAGCAAACAACCUGCGCGGCUGUGGACUGUACUAAGCCAGCCGCUGGCUGCCAGGACAUGUGGAUGUGGAUGUGGAGAAGAUUGGGGGGCGUUAGCAGGGAACACCGUAACGGUAUUAAAGAGCAGCGCGGGAGCACAACAACCCACCAGCAUUGAUCAAAAAACAAAAUGAAAAUUUAGGAGCCAACGAUGAUAGAACCAACAAAACAACAACAAGCAAAGCCCAAAGAACUUUUAUUUGUUUAACAAAAAGCGAACAGAUGAUGAUGAUCCCCGGAGUACGAUGGGAGAACAUGCAACAAGUACAUUAUAAUAUUGAACCAGAUAAGAUAAGCUGAUAACACAAUGCAAAUGAAGAUGCAGAUCGCAGAUCCUCAUACGAUCGUGGUCGGAUGCCCACAGACAAGCAUUUGAGAAGCAGUUGAUUGAAAGCAUUUCCUAUAUACAUACAAAUACAUACACACUUACAUAAAUACAUAAAAACAUGCAUGCAUACAUACAUAUGCAUUAUGCAAGCCACAUGUACGACAUGACACGCACACACACACACACACACACACACAAGCAAAACGCAUAAGAGUCGCAUAGUUGUUGUUUGGUCUGAAUAAUUUUUAUAGAAUUUCAUAAUUUACGUGUAGCUUAGUUUUCUCAUGUAUUUAUUAAACGAAAACCAAACGAGCGUAUAUACAUACGGAGCGUGCAUAUGUAUACACACGCAGCCACAUACAUAAAUACAUAAAUACAUACAUAUAUAUAUAUAAAUAAUAUAUAUUUAAUGUUUCCUGUUGCAAUCUCUCUUUAAAAUUAUUCAUGCCAUCAACGCUCUCUGCAUUUGUCGUGCUUGUUUAGGACCUAAGUUUUGAAAAGUUUCAACAAAACACAACAACAGCAACAACAACAACAAGAACAAGAACAACCACAACAAAUAAAUAAAAAUUAGUUUGAUUGCGUUGCGUGUAAGCGUGUGGGCAAAAGUAAAUAUACAUAUAUAUAUAUAUAAAUUAUAUGACAUUAAAAUGAACAAACCAAAAGGGAAAACAUAGGAACAAACAACAAACACACACACACACACACAAAAGUAAUUAAAGAAAAUCUUUAAAGUUUAAGUCUAAUUUAAAGAUAAAAGAAACGGAUAUAAAUCUCUAUCUAUUGUAUUUACAAAAACCCAAAACUAAAACUAAAACUAAACUAAAAUAACAAAAGAAGUAAGAGUAACGCAAAGCAUAUGUGGCCACUUACAUAACUAGCUUGUGUAAAAAAAAGCAGUAGCAGCAGCCAUCAAUGAUUGGAUUGGAUUGAUUGACUUGACACGAUUGAUGCGUUUCAAUGUAUGUAAAUUGUAAUUUGUUGAAUUUACGUGUAUAGGAGAGGUUUAGCUGGCAUACACACAACACACUGAGUACACACACGCACACGCACAGACACACACCAAUUUAAUUUACAUUCACCUAACGCUGAUUUAAUGUAAUUUAACGAAUUUGUUGCAUUUAUUUAUACAUACAUUUAAACGUUUAAAUAUUUAAAAAGCAAUGCGCACAAAAGCAUGCUUUACUUUUGCCAUGUCUCACAGCACACACAAAAACCAAUCAAAUGCAAUGGAAACAAACUCAAACAAAUCUCCCCCACAUUGAAAACUAAGGAUUGAGUGUAUGUGUAAUAAUAUUUACUGAAAUUGUACAUAUGCAUAUGUAUGCGAAUGGCAUUUAAUCCCCGAGUGUGGUUUGAUUAGACUUAUUAUUAUAAUUAUUACCUUUACGUGUGUACUUUUGUAUAUGCUUCGUACAUACUUAUGUGCACAGUGCAUUUGAUUUAACAUAAUCAGUUAGCUGCAAUGAAUUUAUAUUGUUAUUUUGAUAGUAUUUUCUUUUGUAUGUACCCGUACCCCAGGCAGUCCUCUUCCUUUCCACACUGCUUCUACUGGAAGCCCCUCUGCUGUGCCCUUGUGCUCUUGCUCUAGUUGGACAAAUCCAUUUAUGUUUUAUAGUUUUUAAGUCUAAUUUAUGUAAACGCACACGAACACACACACACAACUUAAACAUCAAAUAAGUAAGUUUAUUAGCGAAAUAAAUAUUAUUUGACAUUCAGCGAUAAACGGUUCAACAAUUCGCACAAAGCUUGAAGCAAUUGUUUUGCAUACGCUUCGGCAGUGCCAGCGUCUGCAGAGACCCAGACCCAGACCCAGACCCAGUUAACCAGAUACUUUUCACACAUUGUGUUUGGCCACAGAACCGCAACCUUUUCCGCAAAACUAACCUAACCCCUGACCUUAACCACCAAUCAGUGAUUCGAGUUUCCCAUUUCCAUACCCUCUAACGAACCAACCAGCCCACACCCAACCAAAUACUGUAAUAUUUAAUACUUAUGUAUUUUCCAUUCAACUUGUAUAAUUCUACCAAAAGGAAAAACAAAAACUAAAAACUAAAAA